UGAUCCAUAGUGUAGUGGUGAUUGAUGCUUUUACAUGCCUCCGGGGACCACAUGAAAUUCGCGUGGAUUUUUUUUUGCUGCUUUUGAAAAUGAUGCAGCAAGUUUGUCCUUGUGCAUCUUGACUGCAGCCGCCCGCCGUCUGCCGUCUUCAACUUGUUGCGCUGGAUUGACUGUUCCUUCGCAAGCUUCGGCAAGUUGACUUCUCUGUACGUUGUGGAAGUCUUUAUAUUCAGCAAGGAAGUCGAUUUGUUUCCUUCAGACUUUAGCCUUAGAGUGGAAGUUUUCUCAAGGAUAUAAACAUUUGUGAGAUUUUUAUACAUUUUCGUCGACAUUACGAGUAUUACACCACGACCCACGUACAGAAGAAGUCAGAACUCUGGUCGACGUUGAGUUCGACCUCGAACAAGAGCCCGCAAGCACCAAUGGCAUCUAUGCACUGUUCGUUUCCUGUGGAUCUCCAUGAACUGCAGCCUCGUCCCAGCAUGCAUCUGGAUGAAUGCUGUCAAGUUCCUGAUGUGAUGAACCACAAGAGGAGACCCCAAAAGCUUACCAUACAGAAGCUUGGAUACCCCGACGGUCUGCUAUCGAAAGAUCUGACGAGGUAUAACAUUAUGAUUGGCGGUCCGGAGGCAUUGAGAAUCAAGACAGAACCCAAGGCACAAGAAGUUCCCACAGGUUUUGAGCUACCAGACGAGCUUUCGGGGAGUCCCAUAGAUCUUCACCCAGCCGUCCCCCCGCCUACGCCAGGCACCAACGCUCUGAUGAACGCAUGCCUAAGAGAAAGCUUUAGCAGUUUUAAGAAGGAACAAGAAAGGCUAGGAAUUCCAAAAGACCCUUCAAAAUGGUCAGAAUGUCAAGUAGUUGCCUGGGUUCUCUGGGCCAUAAAGGAGUUCAGUCUGGAAGGCGUGUCGGUUGGCAACUUCCGAAUCAUCGGCCGCGACCUUUGCACCCUCCCGAAGGCAGACUUCCUUAGCAGGGCGCCCCCUUUCAUGGGCGACAUCCUCUGGGAGCACAUCGAUAUGCUUCGAAAAGAAUGCGAUCCCUCCAACAUUCCAGCACAGUCCUCAUCCUCCACAACCUCCACCACGUCCUCGUCGGCGUCCACGCCCAUUUCAGUUACCACGACAACCACCACAACGCCCUCGUCCUCGUCCCAGUCAAUCAAACUGGAAAGCGCCAGCUCUGGCUAUCUAAACGCAACAUCAUGUAUUCCAAGAUUAGAUGACUUUCUAGCACAAGGUUUCUCUGUAGACCAACCCCAAGCCGUCCCCGUCUCCGCACCCCAGUGCACCGGCUUCAGCGACGGAAUGUACCAGGUGUCCGAGUCUCUCCAGACCCUGAAUGAAUUCAACGCAGAAGACAUCCUCAACAUCAAACAAGAGGACACGGGUAGCAGCUCCGACUACUACAGCCUAGAAUCCUCGCCGAACUCAAACCAGCAUUUCUUGGAGACGCCGACACCGGAAAUCUACAAUAACCCCCACAUCUACGAUCCCCCAAUGCCAUACUUUAACAACGGACACAGUACAUUCAAAGGCAACCAGUUUUCAUCCUAUGAUUAUGAAGGGCAUGCAUCAGGCCCCGCCCCCUACCAACAGGUCCCGCGCUCGCUUUCCGACAGCUGCACAAGCUCCGACUUAGGGAGCAUUGGAGGGGCGUCGCGGUCCGACUCACCCCUCGCAGGCGAUGUGGUAUCAAACCCCGUUAUCCCCGCGGCCGUACUAGCUGGUUAUUCCGGAAGCGGACCCAUUCAACUCUGGCAAUUUCUCCUGGAGCUUCUGACCGACAAGACUUGCCAGCACAUCAUCAGUUGGACGGGCGAUGGCUGGGAAUUCAAGUUGUCCGACCCCGAUGAGGUUGCCCGACGAUGGGGCAAGCGCAAGAACAAGCCCAAGAUGAACUAUGAGAAGCUGAGCCGCGGACUGCGCUAUUAUUACGACAAGAACAUCAUCCACAAGACGGCGGGCAAGCGCUACGUCUACCGCUUCGUCUGCGACCUGCAGAGCCUGCUGGGAUACUCGCCCGAGGAGCUGCACGAGAUGGUCGGCGUCAGCCCCGCGCGAGACGACGACUGAGAACUCGGCAACGUGCGUUGCGAAAGAACAUUGGACUUUUUGAAGCUGCGUAUUUCAUAGUGGACAUGGCUUUGAUGAAAAGUUGUGUUCUGUUAUUUGAAAGGUUAUUCAUAGAGGUGAUAUUCAUGAGGUGGGAGGACCAACCUCUUGUAGAAACGUUACACAUUUGUUGUAAUUAACUUUUUAAAACAACCCUUGAUAUAUCUGUCAUGUCAUGAAAUUCAAUUUGCACAAGUGCAAUUAGCAUAAUUCAAAACUUUUUUACAAAAAGUGAGAACAAGUUAAAUUUGCAUUUGAUUCUGCCACUUAAUUCGUCCAAUCCUGUAUUUCAUGCCUUAAUUUUUAGCCUUUUUUAAGAAGGAAUUUUCGAAUGAAAUUUUGACAAUUCGUAGACCUUUAUGUGAGGUUGUUAGCCUACGAGAAAUGUACUUAAUCAUGUAUAAAAUGAACAUUUAUUGUUGCAUGCGUUUUCAUAUAAUUGUGAUGUGAAAUCCAAGGAAAAAAGAAGUUAAGUCAUCUGGAAUGACAUUGUAGAUUGCCGAACCAGUUCUCUCCUUUUUAAAAGUGAAAAUGUACUAUUAUAGAUAUUAAAGUCCUAUGAAUUUCUGUGCUUCUAAAAAUUGAUGCAAAAUGCAAAGAUAUUGUCCAAAAAAUGAAUUUUGAAGGCAAGCCACAUUUUAUAUUCCAACUGCAUAUCAUAUUAUAUUUGCAAAAAAAAAAUGAUGUGACUGUUGAAGAAUAUUUGAAUACCACGUGGAUGUUGUGGGGUUUUUAGAUGAGAAGUGAGACCUGUGUCUUGUUAUUUGCAAAAAAAUCAUCUGAAAGCGCAUUUUGAAGACCAGCGACAUUUGUACCAUUUGCAUAUUUGAUUUGCUUUGCGAAGAUCUUGAUGUGACCAAACAUUUUCUUUUACUGGAGCCAUGAAACUUUAUUAUUAAAAAACUAACCAAGGCCAUUUGGUGUGUCCUCAAGGGCUAAGAGCUUUCAAUUUGAUUUCAUUCUAACCUUUUUGAUUUACAUUCG